AUGCGGUCACUACUCACCCUCUUCAGCGCGUUGCUGGCAUAUACCACGGCAGUGUACGCUACCGCUCUCACCUACCGAUUAGAAGCACACGAGAAAGCAUGCUUCUUCGCGACCGUUGAGAACAAGGGGACCAAGCUGGCCUUUUACUUUGCAGUGCAAUCCGGAGGCUCUUUCGAUGUCGACUACUCGGUUGUCGGCCCCACAGACAAAGUCAUUCUCGACGGCACCAAGGAGCGACAGGGCGAUUUUGUCUUCACAGCGCUUGACGUGGGCGAAUACCGUUUCUGCUUCAACAAUGAGAUGAGCACUUUCGCCGAGAAGAUGGUCGAUUUCGAGAUCGCCGUUGAAAACGAAGCCGCCCGCGCCAAAAUCCCGUCCAAGCAGGGCUCCUCCCCCGAGCAGACCUCUGUCCUCGAAGAAUCCAUCCUCAAGCUCUCCGCGCAACUCUCCACCAUCUCCCGCAACCAGAAAUACUUCCGCACGCGUGAGAACCGCAACUUCAGCACCGUCAAGAGCACCGAGAAGAGGAUAUUCAACUUCAGUUUGAUGGAGUCGGGCUUGAUUAUGACCAUGGCAGGACUGCAGGUCUUCAUUGUCCGCUUCUUUUUCCAGGGCGCCAGGAAAGGUAUUAUAUGA